UGUCUUGUUCCUUCCGAUGUCCUUUUCUCAGUGCGUCGCGAAAUGUUUGUGUACAUAGCAACUAAAAUACCGUUAUUUCUGGUCCAAACUGUUGGAAGCAGUCAUUUUUUCAACGAGAAUGUCUCUACAGGCAUCUUCUCAGUCUAUCGGGAUGCAGAAAUGUACUGAUGAGGAAACGUUCUACAUGCACUGCAGAGCCGCCUACCUGACUGUAUUUAGGUCUAGUCUGGCCAGUAUCACCUCCAAACAUCAGCUAUGCCGUGUUCUCCAGCAGGCAGGCAGAAAUCCAUCCCAGGCAACUCUCAACAAACAUUGGACCCCAAGAACCACUAAGCUGAACUUUGAUGAUUUCUGUGAGAUAGUGAAGAAUGAGAGGCCGACAGAGGCGCACGAGUUGAUGAGAGCCUUCAGAAAGAUGGACAUUAAUGGAGAUGGCUGUAUCUCACACAGUGAACUACACAUAGUCCUCACUUCAUUGCCGGCAUGUGCACGGGACAUAGAAAAGGCUUGUCCCAGAAAGAAUGUGGUAAAAAUGGGACCGUAUGAAUUGGGUUCAGAAAAACAGAGAGGUGAAAAGAUGGCUGCCAAGGAGGUGGAUGCCAUUUUUUCAUUAGCUGAUACCAACAAAGAUGGCAAAUUGGACUAUGCCGAGUUCUGCAGACUGUUGGAGUCCACGGCAGAGCAGUGUCAGAUUGCAGCUCUGGAGAGACUGGAGGCUGAUGCCAAGCUGAAGAGGCAGAACUUUGGCAACGAGUUAGACAGCCCUCCAAAGAGCUUAGCUUCCACCGCUGUGACUGUCCCCCAGCCACCACACAAAACAGAGCCGGACAUCACACUGAAGAAAGACAGCAGACCGUCGUCCCGGCCCUCCUCAGCUCGCAGUAGACGCUCGUCACUGUCUAACGCCAUCACCAUGGCAGCCAGCAGCACUAAGAGCAUCAAGCUGGCAGAGCCCACAUCUAUACAGGACUGGCAUCACACCUGUAUGAAGGGCAGUUUCUUCCUUGAGGAGGAUGGAGGCAUCACGUCCCUGCAAUACCGUCUCACCGUCCCCCAGACAGCCACCGUCUACCUCACCAUCAGACCUCUCAACCUUAGCCAGAGACUUGAAAAGCCCUCAUCCUGGAUGUCGGUGGACACAGCUGUCUUUGUGGUGUCAGGAAAAGACACUAAAGAGGACUCCACUUUGGUGUGUUUCACUGAGUCAAGAGACAAAGAGAAGUGUUGCUGGAAGGGGGAGCUGAGUGCUGGUAGCUACUGCCUCCUUCCCUUCACCACGGGCUGUAGGCUGAGGAAGAGGACCAGGAAGAGCGUGUCUAAACCUGUCACGCUGGUCAACAGGACUGACACGGGGGAGCUGGACCUCACUAGGGACUUCAGGGGGGCGCUGUCUGAUAUCUUUGAGGUGAUAGACCUGGAUGGGAACGGCCUCCUCAGUCUGGAGGAGUACAACUUCUUUGAGCUCAGGACCAGUGGAGAGAACUGUGAUGAGGAAGCAUGGGCUGUCUGCAAAGAGAACUUUGACACCCGGAAGAACCAGCUCAGUCGUCAGGGCUUCAUGGAGCUCAACCUGAUGGAGGCCAGCGAGAGGGGAGGAGACCCCACAGACCUCUGGGUAACGCUGGAGGCCAUGGGCUACAACCGCAAUCUGGAGAUGGUGGAGGCAUGUCCGUUCCUGAUAGAUGUUUACUGUGAGGAGGGUCAGUGUACUCUGCAGCCGGUCAGUCUGGAGUCAGGCCACAGGAUCCUGAACACAGCCCUGCAGAGGUCCAUCACGGCCAGGUCAGAGGUCAAAACCCUCAGGGGUCAGGAGAAUGUCCUGGUCUACACCUACAGAGGAGAACACAGGAUCUCCACCGUCAUCGGCAACAAGACCAACCAGAAGGUGACGGUGCACGUGAACAACGAGCAGAGUAAGAACUGCAGCAGCAGCAGAGGGAUGAGUGUGUUCGCUGUGGAGGUCCCUGCUAGAACCAAGAUGGUGUGCCAGCAUGUUCUGCCCAUCAACGAGCACCAGGAGUGGACCUACAGCUGUGUGGAGAGCAUUAUACCAUGCCAGUGAAACAGUGAUAGACAGCAACCCUAAUAUUACCAUGGUACUUUAUAAAACAUACUAAUGCUAAGGGAUAGUGGGCCAAAAUCUAUUUCUAGCCAACGGGAAACUGAAUUAAUGAAUAAUACUAUAUAUAUGUAACAUGUGCCUUUGUGAUAGUGGUGUGUAGUUGUGUUUUUCCAUGGAAUUGUAUGAAAUUAUGUUGAUUUGAAAAAUCUUUAAUAGAAAUGUAACUAUAAUAGAGAUACUGUAGAUAAUGAUACUGAACUUAUAUUUGCACUAUGAUUUAAUAUUUUUAACACUCUAUUUUCAUUGUACUGUGACUCCUAUAAUAAUGUGUAUAAUUUUGCAAUAGUACAUAGUUUUAUCACAUGCCUUUAUAUACAAAUAUGAUGUGCAUUGUAACGUGUUUUAACAAGUGUGCUCAAGUCUCAUAUUUACAAACAAUAUGCUAUAUCUCUAACAAUAGUACAUUAUUACGUAUGUCUGUCAAAACUCAAAAAUAAAUCUCUAAUUUUAAAUAAUA